AUAUGAGCCAGACGCCUGCGCUUGUUGUCGCGGAGCUGCUGUGCUGUUCGCAGGAGGAACUCAACUGACGCGGUGUGUCGUCUGUCCCUGGUCAGAAGAUGUUCGGCGGUGGGCUGCUGGUGUGUGUGUUCGCCGUGCUGCUGCCCGGCUCCCGGGCGCAGUACGCCCCGGACGAGGUGACGCUUCUACCGGGUAUGAUGUUCCAACCCAACUAUCGACAGUGGUCCGGAUACCUGCAGGCGCGGCCCGGGACGUUCCUCCAUUACUGGUUCGUGACCUCCCAGAGAGACCCGGUCAAAGACCCUCUGGUGCUGUGGCUGAACGGAGGCCCAGGCUGCAGCUCGCUGGACGGAUUCCUGUCGGAGAAUGGACCAUUUCACGUGAACGACAACGGGGCCACGCUGUACGAGAACAAAUUCAGCUGGAACAAGAUUGCCAACUUGCUGUAUCUAGAAUCUCCUGCAGGAGUGGGAUUCUCCUACUCUGAUGACCACCAGUAUAAAACCAAUGACAGCCAGGUAGCCGAUGACAAUUACCAAGCCCUGCAGAGUUUCUUUGCCAAGUUCCCAAGUUUCACUCAAAAUGAAUUCUUCAUCUUUGGAGAAAGUUAUGGUGGAAUCUAUGCACCGACCCUCAGCCUGCACGUGGCUACAGGAACGGCCAAAAUCAACUUCAAGGGCUUCGCUGUGGGAAACGGUAUUACCAACUUUGAUCUCAACGACCAAUCUUUGAUCUACUUUGGUUACUACCAUGGCCUCUUUGGAGAAGACUUGUGGCAUGAUCUGAACAAAGAUUGCUGUGAGAAGGGUCGCUGUAACUUUUACGAAUCUCUAUCAGAGAACUGCAGGACACAAGUAACUGUGGCCUUUGACAUUGUGUAUGAAAGUGGACUUAAUGAGUACGCCCUCUACUUGGAUUGUGCGGGUCACAGCAGAUUCCACAGAGGGUAUGAGAGGACCAUGAGUCAUCUGUUUAAGAAGUACAGGAAACAUCCACAAACCCACAUAUUUUCAAACAGAGUGACUUCCUCCGUGUCCAUGGGUGAAGUCCCUCCCUGCAUCAACAGCACAGCACAGAUGAACUGGCUGAACAGGGGCGACGUGAGGAAAGCAUUACACAUCCCAGAUAAACUGCCUGCAUGGGACCUCUGCAGUGAUGAUGUUGGAGAUAAUUACACCACCCUGUACCCAACAAUGAAGGGGGUGUAUCAGAAGCUGCUCUCUCUGGGCCUACGGGCACUCAUCUACAACGGAGACACUGACAUGGCCUGCAACUUUCUGGGAGACCAGUGGUUUGUGGAGGACCUUGGUCUAGAGGCAACCACUAAGUAUCAGCACUGGAUUCAUGAAGCCCAGGUUGCUGGUUUCUACCAAAAGUUUGGGAACCUAACCUUCCUGACGGUCAAGGGUGCAGGUCACAUGGUUCCUCAGUGGGCUCCGGGUCCAGCUUUCCACAUGUUCCAGUCUUUCAUAACAAAUGGCUCCUACUGAGCCAGGAGGGAGAGACGACUUUAUGGUGAUACACCUGGGGCCUGUUUCAGAAACUCGAUGUUGAGAGAAAGUUGCUGCCGUAACUGACUCCGUGUCAAAGAGAUCUGCUCAUAGAAAAUGCUGGGUUCUCUUCUUCUCUGGGUUAAAAAACUGCACUCAUCACUUUUUAGAUGGUUCAUUGCUCUCAGGGAAGAUGCAUUUAAGAGGAAAAAUGACUUGGGACAAUUAUUCUCAUUUGCAGUAUUCGUGCAGUGUUUUUGACUUUUGAUGCUGACUCUUGAUGACUCUUCUGCGCAUCACGUUGUAUUGAUUCAAGUGACAAGUUUGAGUUUUGAGGGUGUUAACCUCUUCACUGGUGAACAUCACAGAAAUUAAAGGCCUUUUUCAAACACGGUCACUGUUGGAGGACUGAAACUACCCGCACAAAUUAACAAACCAAAAUCAAAUUGUAAAUGACUUUUUGUCUUCAGUCUGAUAUAUGUGAAUCACAAUUGCUCAGUUGGAUUGAGGUUAACGCACUGGUGUGGACAGUUAGUUUGGCCUUAUUGUCCUAAAACUGGAGAGAUGUGCUCGUCCAGAUAUACAACACUGCACUUUACAUGAUUAAAAUAAGAUAUACAAGCAGCGCCACAGUAAAAGGGAGGGAUUGAAGGUGAUUGUUUUCAACUGACAAUGUUCAAACUGUCUUGAUAAAAGCUAUAACUUAAUCUGUCUUAUUAAAUGUCAUUUCUGAACACA